AUGGGAGCCGCGCGUACGCAGGCCCCCUCUGGCACAAAUUAUGACGUCCACUCUCCCACUUGGGGAGAUGGUAGGCGGGCGCUCCCCCAGAGUGCAAUGGGGGCCGCCAACCUAGGCUAUGGGCCGUCUUGAUCACCCAUGAACCCCGUCCAGGUAAGUAUGAUCUAAUUGACGGAGGUUAUUCUUAG